GUGGAUAUGGUUUUAUUGGGCGGUGAUCUUUUUCACGAGAAUAGACCUUCUCGAAAGACACUUUACGAGACUAUGAAAAUACUUCGCACUCACAGUUUAGGUGAUAAAAAAUGUCAAUUGGAAAUUAUAAAUGAUAAUGAUGAUACUAGAAGCAAAAGUGAUAACUUUAACAAGAUGAACUUUCGGGAUCCUAAUUAUAAAGUUGCAAUGCCCGUAUUCUCUAUUCAUGGUAAUCAUGACGAUCCAUCAGGAGAUGGAUAUCUUUGUGCCUUGGAUGUUCUUUCAGUUUCAGGUCUCGUGAAUUAUUUUGGUAAAGUCAACGCUGUGGAAAAUAUUGUAGUUAAACCAAUAUUAUUACGAAAAGGCAGAACAACAUUAGCAUUAUAUGGAUUGGGAAAUGUAAGAGACCAACGAUUGCAUCGAUUAUUCACUGAUAACGCAGUUAAAAUAAAUCCUCCACCUAUUCAUAUAACCAAUGAAUCGUUUAAUUUGAUGGUAUUACAUCAAAACAG